AUGAUCCGUAAGUUUGCGAAAUAUUGGCGCGAUUCAGCCUCUCUGCUCGUGUUAGCAAGAGAUCGUACGACCGUGCACCAGGAGAAGUAUAAUUACAAGGUACUCGUCUUCAAACGUACUGCUAAAACAGCCUUCAUGCCAAACAGUGUAGUUUUCCCUGGAGGUGGAUUCGACAAACAGGAUGCCUCACUAGGAUGGGAAUCGUUUUUUCGCGAUAGAAAAGUACCGACCAGCUCCUUGAAAGCCCUUACGGAGGUGGACGGAUCGAGACCAUAUAUAUUUCAGAGAGAAAGUAAGGAUUUGCUCGAUCGUAACAUAUCGCUGCGACUUUGUGCAUUACGAGAAGCCUUCGAAGAGCUCGGUGUACUACUUGUGAAGUAUGAGCAGAACCAAAACCAGGAACCUCAUUACAGCAAAUGUCUGCAGUCGUUUGACGUGGAAUCGUGGCAGCAAAAGAUACACGACGGAAAAGCAUCGUUCGAGGAGCUGCACACCGCGCUCGGUACGGUGCCAGAUGUGUUCAACCUAUACGAAUGGUCGUGCUGGUUAACACCGGCCAUGUUUCGUACGCGGCGAUUUGAAACGGCAUUUUAUUUAGCAGUUUUGGAUGAAAUUCCAAACAUACACCCGGAACGACACGAAGUGCAGGAAUUUUAUUGGGAUACACCGGCCUCUUUGCUGCAAGCACAUCAUGAGGAAAAAAUUUGGCUAGCACCUCCGCAAACUUAUGAACUAACGAGGCUUAGCUACGUAUAUGAUAUAGACCAGUUGGCACGUUUCGCGGCCAAACGUAACCUGAAGGGCUCAACUUUGCUCUGCCCAGUGCAAUACAAUGCUGCAGAUGGAGUAGUAUUCGUGUUACCAGGGGAUGAUUUGUACCCCUCCAGCUACGACUAUAUCUCGGACAAUCCUGACCUCGACAAGUAUGGUGAGUUGUCAAAGGAAGUGAUGCGCAAACAGGCGAAAAGACUACACCGUGCAGAGCACAAGGAUUUGCACCAUCAAGCUUACUUUCAGAAUAUUAUCUUAGAUGAUCACUUGCACAUACAGGGACGAAAUGAUUUUUGUUAA